AUGUUCUUAAACAAUGGAAGCUCUCGGCGUCACUUCUUUGAUCCACCGCAUCUGCAAAGCUCUUCUACAUUUCUUAGCAAUGAUUGUACGGCAACCGAUAAAGCUACCAUGAAAUGGCGAUUAGUGCAGAUUCUCGCAGUACUGCGGGCUGCCGUGCCCGCUGUGGCUAUGGCCCUAACGGUUCUAAACGAUGACCAUGUUGUUCAUACUGCAUUAGGUGCUAUUCGGGGUGUACCAGAGCAGUUCCAAGGUGAGCACGUUACCGCGUUUCUUGGAGUACCGUACGCUCGGCCACCAGUCGGUAUUCGACGUUUUGCCAAGCCAGAGCCAAUACAACCGUGGACAGGCGAGUUAGAGGCUCGAUCGCCCACCAAAGCUUGUUACCUGACCAUCGACACAGCGUUUCCACAGUUUCCUGGCGCAGAGAUGUGGAAUCCACCAAAUGGUAUCAGUGAAGACUGCCUAAGCAUGAAUAUUUGGGUUCCAGCAAAGCAUGACGGAUCCGUUCUGGUGUGGAUCUACGGCGGCGGCUUCUUCAGUGGCUCACCAUCUCUGGACCUCUAUGACGGGACCGCUAUGGCAGCUUUGAAGCAUACAAUUGUUGUAAAUAUAAAUUACCGGCUGGGCCCUUUUGGAUUCCUCUACCUCGGUGAUGAUUCACCUGUGCCGGGAAACAUGGGACUAUUAGAUCAACAAGCUGCCCUGAAAUGGUUGCACGACAACAUUGGCUCAUUCGGUGGUGAUCCUUCGAAGGUGACAUUGUUUGGUGAAUCAGCCGGAUCAGCCUCGGCAACGGCUCAUCUUGCUGCUCCAGAUAGCUAUCCAUAUUUCAACAAGAUCAUUGCUAGUAGCGGUACUAUAAUGAACUCAUGGGCUAGCAGGACUCCCGAUACAAUGUACGAGCUGUCUCUUAGGCUUGCUAAGCGCCUCAACUGCACCUUCAAAGGAGUGGAUGCAGCAGCCAUACAUAACUGUAUGCGUGCACUACCCGCAAGUGUGAUACAGAUAGAAGCCGAUAUAGUAUCCAGUGACAUUGGUCUCCCAAUGACCUUUGCCUUUGUACCCGUUAGUGCUGAUAGGAAUUUCUUCAAAGGCGAUGUUUUCGAAAGACUUAGAAGUAGAAAUUUCAAGAAAGACGUUUCCGCUAUUUUUGGAACAGUAAAGGACGAAGGAACGUACUGGCUACCUUACUAUAUGAGUCAACAUGGUUUUUGGUUCAAUCACACGAUCUCAGCCGAAGACCCUCAAAACAAGGCUCUUAUUAGCAGGUCUCAAUAUCGGCAAGCGAUGAAAGCUUUCAUGCCAUACUUUGGUGGAUCGCCUUUGGUUGAGAAUGCACUUUUGCAUGCUUAUCAGUACGUUUCCGAACGACAAACAACAUCCGAACAGCUUCGAGACGGAGUUGGGCGAUUUCUUGGCGACUAUUUCUUUACCUGUAGUCUGAUCGAAUUUGCCGACAUAAUCGCAGACAACGUCUAUGGGCCUGUGUAUAUGUACUAUUUUACAAUGAGGUCUACGGCCAAUCCUUGGCCAAAAUGGAUGGGUGUAAUGCAUGGCUACGAAAUCGAAUACGUCUUUGGGCAGCCACUGUCGAGACCAUCACUUUACGACAAAAAUUAUCUCGAAACGGAGCAGCGCUUCGCUAGUUAUAUGCAGAAAUUAUGGGCCGAUUUUUUGACUACUGGAGCGCCAGCCCCAUACUGGCCAAAAUACAACAGGAUAGAGCGAAAAGCAUUGGUACUUGGAGAGGAAUCCGUAAAGGGUAAUCAUCGCAUACUGGUCGACGUCCAUGGUUCCUACUGUAGACUUAUUGACGAAGGAAAAACUGUUGCUGGUCAGGUAUCUGAAUGUCGAGCUAGACGAACCCAGCCAGCCGCGAUUGGUCACUCGCGAGGAAUGGACGUUUUGAACAGCUCGAAGUCCACCAUCUCAGCUCUCAUCGUCAUUCUCGCUGCCAUUCGACUCCUCGUCCUCAGCUGAUACGUACAACACUUGUGAUGAACUUUGUUUAGAGUCAGCUAGUCGUCUAUUUUGAGCGUGCCUUUGUUAGUUUUGUUGAGAUUGUACUAUUUCGUUUUGUUUGUUUCAAAUUCACUUUGCGUAGGGCUGUAAAUAAGAUCUCUCACAAACAUGUUCUAUUCUAGCCGGAUACCUUUCACUUCCACCGCCUUUGCGUGUAUUGUACAUGUAAUGACACAGUCCGUUAUUCUAAACCUUUUAUUUUUACAUUCAGUCUGAAGAAUGGUACAACCAAAAUCUGUAGAAAAUUAGUUGUGUCAUUUAUCUUGUUGUGAAAGUUGGCAUUGACUGGGUAUUGAAGUCAUUCUUAUAAAUAU